AUUAUGGGAAUAGUUCAACACUUGGCCAGCUCAACGAAAGACUUUUGGGGCAAGUCAACGCCAAAACAAUGUACCUUAUCGAAACGUUCCACUACUCGGAAUUGAACGCGACAUAUUUUUAUCUCGAACGGUUGGCAGUUGGAAAUUGGUCGCAUAAACGACUAGACGGUAGUUACUCACAGAUACGCUUAACACAAUGCAGCCGUUGAUCAAUUGGUUGCUCAUCAGUUCUCUGGCGGUGUGCGCCUCGUUUGUGGCGGCACAAGAUGGCAAGAACAUCCCAACGCAGGAGUCGCAGGAGCAGAGCCACACGACGUCGGUGGCGGGAAUGGUGAAGCUAUUAGCGCUUGAAGCCGAGCUACUAAACAACUUUGCCAGCUAUGCCAAUGAGUUGGAAAAGAAACUGGAGGUUGUAAGUAGCGCACUUGCGAAAAUGCGUGCCGUAAACAAUCAAGCAAGACUCAAUACAGAGGAGUAUUUGUCCAAUCCGAUCAACUCAUUUGCGCUCAUUCGCCGCAUGCAACGGGACUGGACUUUCUGGCAAUUGUACAUGGAGCAGCCGAUUGGUGAGGAUCAGGUGGAUUUCGUGGAGCAAAAGCGAAAUCAAUUACCUAGCACUACGGAUUUGGAGGAAGCCGCCACGGCAGUGCAUCGGAUAGUAGCUACAUAUGAUCUGCAGCCAUUAGAAAUGGCCGAUGGUAUACUGAAUGGCAAGCGAUACAAUGUCAGUUGGAAUGCAUUAGAUACCUAUGCUCUGGCCUUGUAUGAAUUCGAUCAAAAAAAUCAUAACUAUGCUAGCAAUUGGAUUUAUCAUGCAAUUAUGUGGCUGAAGCAGAACGAACUUCCCGAACCCCUAGGUCUCAAAUUAACAGAGGUGCAGCUUGUCUAUGUCGAAGCGCUGCUCCAGUCUGAUCGCUAUCAGGACGCGCUUCAACUGCUGAAAUCGGUCAUUGCCAGUCAACCAAAUGAUGCCAGACUGCUGCGUCGCUCUGCCGAAAUCGAAACACUGAUAAGACUCAAUCCCAAUAUCAAGCCGAAACCAUUCCACAAGCACACAACUAGCUAUGAGAUCGGGUGUCGUGGCCAAUAUCCAGUUAAGAAUAAAUUGCACUGCACCUAUAAUACUACGGCCUCACCAUUCCUGCGCUUGGCGCCCCUAAAAAUGGAACUGGUGCGCCUGGAUCCCUAUAUGGUGCUCUUCCACGAUGUCAUCUCGCCGAGCGAGAUCAAGGGGCUUCAGGAAAUGGCGGCUCCGAACUUAAAGCGGGCCACCGUCUUCAAUGUCGAACAGGCUCGUAAUAUUGUAGUUAGCACGCGCACCUCUAAGGUAGCUUGGUUCACUGAUGGGUUCAACGAGCUGACCAAACGUCUUAAUGCGCGGAUUGCGGACAUGACUGGCUUUGAAAUGUAUGGCUCCGAGAUGUUGCAGGUCAUGAAUUAUGGUCUGGGAGGCCAUUACGAUAAGCAUCACGAUUAUUUUGACGUAGCUAAUGACACGGAUAUUGUUCGCAUGAAUGGAAAUCGGAUUGCAACCGUUUUAUUCUAUCUAACCGAUGUGGAGCAGGGCGGUGGAACGGUGUUCCCUCAAAUACAGGAGAUUGUCUUCCCGAAACGAGGGGCUGCCAUCAUGUGGUAUAAUCUUAAGAAUGACGGCCAAGGCGAUACAAAUACCCUACAUGCUGCUUGUCCAGUGAUUGUAGGCUCGAAAUGGGUGUGCAACAAAUGGAUACGCGAACGGCAUCAGUUCCGAAGGAGACCCUGUUUCAACCAGUGAGGCAAGGCCCUUUCAUUUUCGAUCAUUUUUAAGUCAACUUUUCUCUCAUCAGUGAAAUCUUCAUGUAAGGCAAUAAAGUGUAUAAAGUGAACUGAUCUGUUACAGAUCAUAUGCUUUUAUCUACAAAAACCGAA